AAAACUUCUUGGUGUAUCACGCGUGAGUCGAGGGGCAGCUCAGCUGUCAGAGGCUUAUCUCUUCAAACAACCCGGAAUACACACAUUUAAAGCCAUAUUAAACGGUUAUUUCGUCUGUUGCCAUGGAGCAAGCAAAGCAGGAGGCCUUCGAUCAAGCCAGACAGCAGGUGAUCAAAGAAGGCUACGAGAGAGCAUUCGAGUGCAUCAAUAAAGGUCUUUCUGCAGAUGAGUCCGGGAACAAGAUGGAAGCGCUGAAACUGUAUCAGCAAGGACGACAGCACCUCCUCAGGGCUCUAACUGUGCCCACUCAGGGCGAGGAAUGUGUGGGUCCCUCCUGGGAGUCAGCUAGACAGAUGCAGCGUAAGAUGCAAGAGACCCUUAACAACAUCACAACCCGUCUAGCCAAGCUGGAGCCCACCCCGGACCCCUCACCCGAGACCGUAUCUCACACAGCACCUCAGAAGCUUUACCCUGAUGUGCCCAAACCAAAGCCAGAGAGGCCGGCUCCACCACAGGUGCAUGUUUCCAACGGUGGGGCCACAGGGGCUACGGGUGGGCCCACAGCACAACGUAAUGUUUUAGGUGAACAGCCCCCUGCGUACACCCCGCAAGCCGCUGACGGCCACCUGUCCAUUUCUUACGGGACUGACUCGGGUGAGCUCUCACUUGUCGGCGACGAGUUUUACAGCCAUACGUCUAAUUCUACACCUUCUCCUCAAAGUCUGGGGGAAGAUGGAGAGGAGCUCUUUUUCCUUCCUCAAGGGGUGCAGAUCUUUUUCGUUACCCCUGAGGGACACGUCAGCGCUCCCUCUUACCCAGGGUACCUGCGCAUCGUGAAGUUCACCAAUGAAUGCUCGGAUAGAUAUCCAAACAGGCCGCCUGGUUUCCUGCAGGUUUGCGACUGGCUUUACCCCCUGAUGGCCACUGACUCUCCAGUCCUGCUCUGCAACACGGGUGUCUACAUGUUUCCAGACAUGAUGGCUCCCACCCCUGGGUCCUACGUUGGGGUGGUCCUCUCCUCUGAACUUCCUCAGAAGGAGCGUGAGCUUUUCCAGGACCUUCUCUCUCAGAUGACUGACCUGCGCGUCCAGGUGAGCUGCCCCUGUGUCCCUUGCAGUCCUACGUCAAACGCACCCGGGGCAGCUGAGGAAUCAGAGCAGGCAUCAGAUGGCGCAACGGAUACCAUUAACCUGGGCCAGAAGGUGCCAAUGGGGCCAGUUGAAGCAGCGCCACCUACUGCUGAGGAGGAGAAGGUACUUCCUGAAUGGAGCGAGAAGGUGGCACAGGGAAUUUUGACAGGAGCUUCAUGGCUGAGCUGGGGGUUGGUGAAGGGUGCGGAGUACACAGGAAAAGCCAUCCAUAAAGGUGCGUCCAAGCUACGAGAGCACAUCACCCCAGAGGACAAACCAACCCAAGUCAGUCCAACCGUAGCCAAAAGCCUUAGUGUAGCCAAACAGGCCACCGGGGGUGCAGUGAAGGUCAGCCAGUUUCUUGUGGAUGGACUGUGUACUGUCGCUGGCCACGUUGGCCGAGAGUUGGCACCCCAUGUAAAGAAGCACGGAGGAAAGCUUAUCCCAGAGUCUGUAAAGAAAGACAAGGAUGGCCGCUCCAAUAUUGAUGGUGCCAUGGUGGUCGCAGCAAGUGGAGUUCAAGGAUUUGCAACAAUGUGGACUGGGUUGGAGGUUGCAGCUAAAAACAUUGCAAAGAGUGUUGCUACAGAGACGGUUUCCACGGUAAAACACAAAUUUAGGGGUCUAGAGAUUUCAGAUCCUCCUAAAGAAAAGAAGUAGAAACAUUUUCCCCUUCACCCUUUACAAACGGACUUAAUUAAUUCUUAAAAGCAUGGCUGAAGCUUAUGUGGCUGAUCCGGUCAGCCCCUGCACGCAAUGCUAAUGCUAAUGAUUUAUUGUUCAUAAUGAUUUUGAGACCUCCAUUAACAUCCUUUCUUACAGUGUGCGCUGAUCCACAGUUUAAUGGAUUGAAUAUCUGCAUCUAACAGUAAUUCAUUACAUUGAGUUUGGCUUUAACUAUGAUAUGGCAUCAACAGAAAAUGUAAUCAGAUGCAAGUGGGUAGAAAUGUUUGCUACAAACCGUAAAUGACGUUUGUUUCUAAUGCAUAUUGUAGAAUAUCAAGAAUGGUGUGUAAUGGUGGCUGAUACUGGCUCCAAAAGUCUGAUGAAGCUGUUUCAUAGCAGACUAUAAUUUCAGCACGUUUUACAUAUAAAUUAAAUAUGAAUUUCAUAAUAUUUCAGACUUUUGGACCCCAGUGAUAUUAAAUCCCACCCUAAAGUAUUGACAAAUUUCCCAGUUGUACAAUAAAUCUCAAAAGAUUGACGUUCAAAAAAGGCAUGCUUGGGAUUAAUUUCCCUUCCAAAUGAAGAUGUUCUCGAGGAAACUGACGCCCUGCAUGACUGUUUAACUGCUUUGCUCUGCUUUGAGAAUCCUCAGUCUCCUAAAACCCAUUAAUUCACAUCUCUAUCUCUCAUCACCCUUCAUCUCAAUCUGGGUUAUCUGUAAUCAAGGUAUGGGGCUGACGCGGGCCAGGCCACAGAUCACGCUGUCAACUCAGCCAUCAACGUGGGCGUCACGGCAUUCAAUAUCGACAACCUGGGAAUCAAGGCGAUGGUCAAGAAG